GAGACUAUGAAUGGAUAUUCUUUGCUUAUGUUCCUGAUAAUGCCAAGGUCAGAGACAAAACGUUGUAUGCAUCCACUCGUGCUACUUUAACAAAAGAGUUGGGUGAUUAUCGAUUCGUAGAUUCUAUGCAUGGUACUGCUAUCACUGAUUUCUCACUUGAAGAAUAUGAAAGGCAUAAACGUCACAAAAACGCAGAAGCGCCGCUGACUCAGCGUGAAAAAGAAUUGGCUGAAGUCAGAGCGGCUGAGUCGUUGGAUGUUAAAAAUGAAAGAAUUGAACUCGAUUCUACCAGUAAAAUCGAUAUUGAUGAGCUGGCAAAUACUUUAUCCUCUGAAGAGCCUAGAUUCUCCUUCUUUACUUAUGAACAUUCUCAUGAAGGACAAGAAUAUCAAUCAACAAGUAAUUAUGAUUUUUAA